AUGGCCAUUACACACAGACAGACACACACAGUAGGAACGCAAGCCAAGCUCGCAGACGACCUCCUCGAAACCACUCAAGCCGCCAGGGGAGAAACUUAUCUAGGCUCUCGCGUAAAGGGUAGGUGGCCGCGUAAAGGUGACGAGCACAGAUCGACCGCUCACCCAUCUCCACAGCACAGCACUCUCUCAGAUCAGUCACACGCACACAUCAAAGGAAAGGCCAGACUGACUGACCGGUGCUGUUGUGUUGUGUGUGUAGGUUUGCUGCCUCUUCGGAGGUCUCUGACGAACACAUUUCGCACUCGCCAGCGCCGACCUGGGUCUGGUGCCUGUCGAGCUACCGAUGAAGGCCACUCGCACACACACACAAGGUCAGACAAGCCACACUGACGACGCCAUGCGACUGAACAAACAUGUCACCAUUUUGCCAUUUUUGACCGUGGCUCUGUCUUGCAGGGCAUGGUUGAUGGCCUUCCUGUGCUCAUACACUGAUAAUAGAGGUACGCCUGGGUGGCUGGCUGGGUGGCUGGGUGGCUGGGUGGCUGGGUGGCUGGGUGGCUGGUUGGCUGGUUGGAUGGAUGGAUGGAUGGAUGUUGUGCGGGCGUGUCUGCCAGGUUGAAGCAAAAAACGCGCGCGAAGCGCGCCAAGGGGGGUCCGGGGGGCGAAGCCCCUCCGAGUUCCGCCUCAAGAAGGCAAGAUGGCAGUCAAAAAACAGAUGCCUUUUGGUGUCUGCUGCUGAUGGCCAUCGGUGGUUGUCGGCAUCUGGUGACUGACUCGUGGUGAUUAAUCAAUUGAUGGCGUCUUGGCUGCCGUGGAGGUGUUCACCCAACAUCAUGCGUGUGUUCGGCGUUAGUUGUCUUGUCCUGCUGCUUCAGCUUGGACCUCACCCCGCGCUUUGUUCGCCCUCCCUCCCCUCGUUUGUCCACCCGGCGCGCGUGCACGCUCUUCGUAGCCUGACGGGACGACCCUGUGCCACAGAUGGCUGUGAGCACAGGACGCGGCUUGAGGCGACUCAGGCGCAUCGGCUGGUGCGCUUCUUGCGGGGAAUCGAGCUGCCAGCAUUUGGCGACACCCUCCGGCUGCGAGAGUUUAAGUAUGCCGCGAAUCAGCGGCGGCCGUGUGUGACACUAUGUAUGUGUGUGUGUGUGUGCAGGCCUCACGUUCAGCGGGGAUGUGCGCGAGAGCAUCAAGGCGCUUGCAGAGGUCUAUGCAUCUCGGCCCUUCAGUCACAUCGAGGUCUCUGCCAAGGCACUUGAGCGGAUCUGGCAGCAGUGCUGCAAUGAUGGAAGGUUCGAAGCCAAGCACCGACCGACGAACGCAUGCUCACCCUGCGGGUGCGUGUGUGUGUGCGUGUGGACUUUGCAGGGACUUCGCACAGUUCUACAUCGACAUGUGGAGUGAGAUUGACAAUGG